AUGCUUUCAGCCGAGCAGUUAGAUUUGUUUAGAGAAUCUGCAUUUGGUAAGUUCUUGGAUCUACCACACUGCAAGGUUCAAAACCAUCUUGUCAAUCAGAUUCUUUUACGGGAGGUGCAUCAAUCAAGGAGCGACGAGCUUUGGCUUGAUUUUGGGGGGAGGUUGUUUCGGUUUGGCAUCGAAAAAUUUUCCCUGAUAACAGGGCUGAAAUGUACAGGCCCUUGCAAGAAGUUGAAUAUUCCUCAAGUAGCCGAUGGAAUGUACGACAAAUUCUUUUCUGGCGUUGGAUUAAAUAGAAACUUCAUCCGAUGGCAGUUUCUACAAAAAUACUGGAAAAGCGAUAAAGAUGCUGUCAGAUUUGCCAAGUUACACUUACUUGCAAAUUUUUUAAUUGGGUCGCAAGACACUCUUAAGAUCCAUAAAGCCGGGAAAACAGUGAGUGGUGGCUACCUCUACAGGUGCUACGGGUUUAUCCUUGCCCUCCAACUUUGGUUCUACGAGGUUUGCACCUCUGCAGAUGGUGUCAUUUGCACAUGCCGAAGCGGAAAUGACAUGCCCAGAAUGCUCAAAUGGGAAUUCAAGAACUUGAUACCCACCGACGAAGAGAAACACACAUUGUUUAUCAAUGGUUGA